AGCGCGCCCACUCCCCGCGCCUCGCACAUUCGCACCGGCAGCUUGUGCGCAGUCCGGCGUCGCCCCGCGGUGCGCUCGCUCCUCCCUCCCUCCUCCCGCUCCGUGGAUCCCGCGUUCCGGGAGAGGCUCAGGCGCCGAGUGCGCGGACUGGCACACGAACAGACGGCCCUGGGGACGCCUUGGCCCGCACCUCCCGGGCGGGCUAUGUUGAUUGUCUUACCGGGGUCGGCCAGCGGGAUCAGCACAGCUCGGCCCGCGGCCCCGGUGACCAGGGGGGACUAUGAAUCGGAAAGCGCGGCGCUGCCUGGGCCACCUCUUUCUCAGCCUGGGCAUGGUCUACCUCCGGAUCGGUGGCUUCUCCUCGGUGGUAGCUCUGGGCGCGAGCAUCAUCUGUAACAAGAUCCCAGGCCUGGCUCCCAGACAGCGGGCGAUCUGCCAGAGCCGGCCCGACGCCAUCAUCGUCAUAGGAGAAGGCUCACAAAUGGGCCUGGACGAGUGUCAGUUUCAGUUCCGCAAUGGCCGCUGGAACUGCUCCGCGCUGGGGGAGCGCACCGUCUUCGGGAAGGAGCUCAAAGUGGGGAGCCGGGAGGCUGCCUUCACCUAUGCCAUCAUCGCUGCCGGUGUGGCCCACGCCAUCACAGCUGCCUGCACCCAAGGCAACCUAAGUGACUGUGGCUGCGACAAGGAGAAGCAAGGCCAGUACCACCGGGAUGAGGGCUGGAAGUGGGGUGGCUGCUCGGCUGACAUCCGCUACGGCAUCGGCUUUGCCAAGGUCUUCGUGGAUGCCCGGGAGAUCAAGCAGAACGCCAGGACACUCAUGAACCUGCACAACAAUGAGGCGGGCCGGAAGGUAGGGCGGGAGACCUGA